UGCCCCGCUCCGGCAGCACCGCGCUGAGAGUCUGAGGCCCACCCACGCCCGCCCGCCCGCCAUGUCUCAGAUGCUGCACAUCGAGAUCCCCAACUUCGGGAACACCGUGCUCGGCUGCCUCAACGAGCAGCGGCUGCUGGGCCUCUACUGCGAUGUGUCCAUCGUGGUCAAGGGCCAGGCCUUCAAGGCCCACCGUGCCGUGCUGGCCGCCAGCAGCCUCUACUUCCGCGACCUGUUCAGCGGCAACAGCAAGAGCGCCUUCGAGCUGCCGGGCACGGUGCCGCCUGCCUGCUUCCAGCAGAUCCUGUCCUUCUGCUACACGGGCAAGCUGACCAUGGCAGCCAGCGAGCAGCUCGUGGUCAUGUACACGGCCGGCUUCCUGCAGAUCCAGCACAUUGUGGAACGCGGCACCGACCUCAUGUUCAAGGUGAGCUCGCCCCACUGCGACUCGCAGACCGCCAUGAUCGAGGACGCCAGCUCCGAGCCCCAGAGCCCCUGCAACCAGCUGCAGCCGGCUGCCACCGCUGCCCCCGCCUACGUCGUGUCUCCGUCCGUGCCCAUCCCACUGCUGACCCGUGUGAAGCACGAAGCCAUGGAGUUGCCGCCAGCCACCGGCCCAGGCCUGGCCCCCAAGCGCCCGCUGGAGACGGGGCCCCGGGACGGUGUGGCAGCGACGGCUGGUGCCACCGUGGCAGCUGGCGUGGCUCCUCUCAAGCUACCCCGAGUCUCCUACUACGGGGUGCCCAGCCUGGCCACCCUCCUCCCCAGCAUCCAGCAGGUGCCCUACCCCCAGGGGGAGCGGACCAGUCCGGGGGCCAGCAGCCUGCCCACCACCGACAGCCCCACCUCGUACCACAAUGAGGAGGAUGAGGAAGAUGAUGAGGCGUACGACACCAUGGUGGAGGAGCAGUACGGCCAGAUGUACAUCAAGGCCUCCGGUGGCUACGCAGUGCAAGAGAAGCCAGAGCCGGUGCCACUGGAGAGCCGCUCCUGCGUCCUCAUCCGCCGUGACCUCGUGGCCUUGCCUGCCAGCCUCAUCAGCCAGAUUGGGUACCGCUGCCACCCCAAGCUCUACUCAGAGGGGGACCCCGGGGAGAAGCUGGAGCUGGUGGCAGGCUCCGGGGUCUACAUCACGCGCGGCCAGCUGAUGAACUGCCACCUCUGCGCAGGGGUGAAGCAUAAGGUCCUGCUGCGGAGGCUCCUGGCCACCUUCUUUGACAGGAACACACUGGCCAACAGCUGUGGGACGGGCAUCCGCUCGUCUACCAGCGACCCGAGCCGCAAGCCUCUGGACAGCCGUGUCCUGAAUGCUGUGAAAUUGUACUGUCAGAACUUCGCCCCCAGCUUCAAGGAAAGCGAGAUGAACGUGAUCGCCGCGGACAUGUGCACCAAUGCCCGCCGCGUCCGCAAGCGCUGGCUGCCCAAGAUCAAGUCCAUGCUGCCGGAGGGCGUGGAGAUGUACCGCACCGUCAUGGGCUCCGCAGCCGCCAGCGUGCCCCUCGACCCCGAGUUCCCGCCCGCCGCGGCGCAGGUGUUCGAGCAGCGCAUCUACGCCGAGCGUCGGAGCGACGCUGCCACCAUCGUGGCUCUGAGAACUGACGCUGUGAAUGUUGAUCUGAGUGCUACCAACCCUGCCUUUGAAGCCGGCGAGGAGGCGGACGGGGCCGGCUCGGUAAUCCAGGAGGUGGCCGCUCCCGAGCCACUGUCCUCCGAUGGCCAGAGCCCCCCGCAGCCCUUCGAGCAGGGCAGCGCCAGCUCCAGCCGGCCCCAGACGCCGGCGGCCGCGGCCAGGAGGCCGGAGGGCACCUACGCGGGGACUUUGUAAGAGGGUCGCGCCGACUCGUGAGGGACCGAGUACUAGAGCUGCUUGCAUGCGAUACUAAUACAAACAAAUGUGAUCAAGCCACUCACCUACUGAACUGCUGCUGUUGCCUGGAAACAAUGUGAUUUUUAUCCUGCUCGUAUUUAAAUUGAUGAAGGAAACAAAUUCAUUCAUUAUACUGUAAACACUUAGGCCACUGGCGACCUCUGUGCGAGGA